CAAACAGGAAGGGACUGUAGUCCGUUGAACUGACGGAUGUUAACGGUUGUGUGGCUAUAAAAGGUCUUCCUCCAAACUUCUUCACAAAUCUUCACUUUUACAGUCAAGAACAGAGUCGACAUGGCUUCCACAGCUCCCAUUAAGAUUGGAAUUAUUGGUGGUUCAGGACUUGAUGAUCCAGAUAUCUUGGAGGGAAGGACCGAGCGCUAUGUCGACACACCGUACGGAAAGCCAUCUGAUGCUCUGAUCCUGGGGAAGAUUAAGAACGUGGAGUGUGUGCUUCUUGCAAGGCAUGGGAGACAACACACUAUUAUGCCGUCCAAUGUGAACUACCAGGCCAACAUCUGGGCACUGAAAGAAGAGGGCUGCACACAUCUGUUGGUCACUACGGCCUGUGGCUCACUGCGGGAGGAGAUUCAGCCAGGAGACAUUGUCAUCAUCGAUCAGUUCAUUGACAGGACUACCAAGAGAGCUCAGACGCUGUAUGAUGGGCAGCCCACCAGCCCCCCAGGAGUGUGUCACAUCCCCAUGGCUGAGCCUUUCUGCAACAGAACCAGAGAGGUUCUGGUGGAGGUGGCGCGGAGCCUUGGGGUCAAGUGCCAUGUGCGAGGGACCAUGUUGAGCAUCGAGGGCCCCCGCUUCUCCUCGCGGGCCGAGAGCCUGAUGUUCCGCCAGUGGGGCGCUGACGUCAUCAACAUGACCACUGUGCCAGAGGUGGUCCUCGCCAAGGAGGCCGGCUUGUGCUAUGCCAGCAUCGCCAUGGCAACAGACUACGACUGUUGGAAGGAGCAUGAGGAGGCGGUCUGUGUUGACAACGUGCUGAAGACGAUGAAGGAGAACGCCAACAAAGCCAGCAGUAUCCUGCUGACUGCGAUACCUCAGAUUAGUCAGAUGGACUGGGCUCAGACAAUAAAGGCCUUGAAAUCGAUGGCACAAUCCUCAGUCAUGUUACCAAAACACGAAGCGUGCAGAAAAUAAUGAAGCACAAAAGGAUCCCAGACACCACCCGCACCGCCGCCACGGACAACAGAACUCUCUGCCUGUGGAUUUGUCAUCAAUGAAUCACAAGAAAAGUGCCUCACAUACAUAAUGCAUGUGCUGUGUCUUCAGCUGGAGUUUCAGUGUUCCUCUUCCUGACUCAGAACACACACAUUACGCCCCCGUCAUCCUCACCACAGGUCACUCUUUUUCUCUGGAACACACAGUUACUGUCACGUCUCCGUCAGUCCGACCACACGUUUAGGUACGACACAUGUCAAAAGACCAACAAAGAUUUUAAGUCUUCUAAAGAUUAUACUGGAUAUUAUUUUUUGUGGAUUUAUAUUUUUUGUGGUCUGUAAACAUGUAAAGUUUAUAUAUAUAUAAAUGUAUAUAUGCCUGUAAACCGUGUGUGUCUUUAUUGCUGUCGAUGCAGGAUACAAUAAAAAUGCUUUGAAAGUUUA